AAUUCAUAAGAAUUUAAUGUCUGUGAAGAGAAUAACAUCUCCUUAAAGUAGCAAAUGCCGCUCAAAUGGUCGAUGUCAUGAGAUUAAGACCAAUUAGAAACUAGAUUGUUUUAUAAGUACAAAUGGCAGCAUUAAUAAGGUAUUCUAGUCAAAGGGUUAUUAGUUUCUAGAGCAGUCGACAUCAGUUAACUUAUGCUACGGAUCAAAGACAUUUGAAUUGCUUAACAAACAACACUUUACUUAAAGAUAGAGAUUCUAAUCAGAGAAAAUAAAUCAUUAAUUAAUUACUACAAGAGAACAUAAAAUUGAAAGAGCAAAAUGAUAAAAAUAACAGAUUAAUAGAAAUGUUAAUCGAUGAUAGAACGGAUCUCAAACGAGUUACUAGUCUUCACAUUCCUCAUGAAAGAGAUAUUUAACAGUCAAAAACAAAUUUUAGGCUUUAAAGUCCAAAUUAAAUGGAAUUUACAUUUUAUAAAAGUCCUAGUAAAGGCUUGCCUAAAGAAUUCUAGAUAACUCCAUCUCGGAAAAUGUUUUUUUGA